AUGACAGAAUCAGAAAGGAUGCUUGGUCUUGCAGAGCCGUUGCAUCAAAAAGUAUCCCAAAAGUUCAUAACUGCCUUCAGGGCCAAGGAUAUUCUGUUCUCUGAAACCAGCCUUGCGUACCUUCAAGCCAGGGGAGGAGCAUCAUUCCAAUUGCGGUACUGCCCUGCGUUGAAGAAGAAACCCCAAGGGAAUCCCUCCAGCGCAAAAAAAGACCCGCCUGGGCCCAAAUUCGAUCCUUUUGAAGACCCGCCGGCAGAGCUCCUAGUUGCUCAGAUCCCAGCCCAAAGUGCGUCGCAUACUUUGGUCUUGAACAAAUACCCGGUCAUUCACAACCACUUCAUUAUCGCCACCAAAGCCAACAAGCCGCAAACGGACCUUCUAGAGGAAGAUGAUAUUGGCUUGACUCACGCUUGCCUGCGCGCCUGGCAGGACCAGCGCCACGAUGGAAGCUCUCCGCGUCUUUUUGCUUUCUUCAAUUCUGGAGAGCAUAGUGGCGCCAGCCAGGUCCAUCGCCACUUACAGUUCCUCCCUGUGGAGGAUAUGGCAGGUUCAACAAUCCAAGAGUGGAGGCUGUUGAUCGACCGCAUGAAUGUGCCAGCUCACCCGGAACUGCCACUGUUUCAAGACCCAUCGUUGCCGAUAUUGCACUUUUCGACUCCACUUGAGCCUGGCAUCUCAGCAGCGGACUUGCACCGCAAAUAUAUAUUGCUCAUGAAAGCAGCGUUGUCUGCCACUCGUUCACCUGGCCGGCCGCUAGACCAAAGCUUAGCAGUUGAAAAGGAUGGCAAAACUCUGAUAUCUUACAACCUUGCCAUGACGACGGACAGAAUGGCAAUCUGUCCCCGAAGUCAAGAAACUGCCUUCAUUCCCGGAGCUGGUCCAGAGGGCUCUGUGGCCAUCAAUGGCACGAUACUCGCAGGUACUCUUAUGGUCAAGGAUGAAACAGAGUGGGAUAUCCUUCGAGAGACUCACUCGCUUCUUGACGAAAUGCUAGCCUCUAUCGGCUUCUCUUUAAUAUCAUGGAAACAACAUGGCAGCGCAAUAAAAAUAUAG